AUGGUGAUUCCGUUCAAGAUUGGAAUUUGUCAGCUGAAAGUUAUUGGAGACAAGAAUGCUAACAUUUCUCAGGCUCGAAAUCUUAUCCAUGCUGCUGCAGAACAAGGCGCAAACCUUAUACUUUUGCCUGAAAUGUGGAUCUGCCCAUAUUCAGCUGAUCUGUUUGCAGAGUUUGCGGAGAACUUGAAUGAUAUAAACAGCUCGCCUUCGUCUCUAAUGUUAUCUGAAGUGGCUUACUCUCUAGGAGUCACCAUUAUAGGUGGAUCAAUUCCAGAAAGGGAUGCGAGUAGCGGUAGAUUGUACAAUACUUGCUGUGUGUUUGGAUCCAAUGGAGAAUUAAAGGCUAAGCACAGGAAAAUACAUUUGUUUGAUAUGGGUAAGCCAUUACCAGGAGAUGUUCACUUUAAGGAAUCAGAUAGUUUUUCAGCAGGAGAGAAGCCUACCGUCGUUGAAACAGAUUUUGGUUGCAUUGGCAUAGGAAUUUGUCAUGAUCUUCGUUUCCCUGAACUCGCGAUUCUGUAUAGAGCAAGAGGUGCUCAUUUAAUUUGUUAUCCUGGAGCUUUCAACAUGAGUACAGGAGAGGGUUUGUGGGAACUGGAACAGAGAACAAGGCAAGACUUUUGGCAGAAUCAUACAGCACUUUCUACUGUCCUAGUCUUGUUUUUUUAA